GGACGCAGCGGAUGCCCAGUUCGCGUCCAGUCCGGCAGCUUUGCUUCUCGCUCGCUGCGCACACGCACAAACACGCAGAGACGCUGGAGCGGCAGCGACGCGCAAAGGGGCUCACUGCGGUCGGGGCCGAACCACACACGCGCGAACGCGCGCACACACACAUCAUCCAGUGGCUCAGUGAACUCGUUUCCGCACGUCCACUGGGAAAUCAAACAUCAGCCAGACUGGAGGUGACCGUCACAGAAGCGCUAAUCUCUCGCGUGGACAGCACGGCCGUACUCGUGAGCCUCUGCAACGCGAUGGAGAUGGAGCAUUUCGACGAGCGGGACAAAGGUCAGCGACACGGCCGCUCCAACGCCAGGAUGAACGGCGUGCCGAGUCCCACGCACAGCGCCCACUGCAGCCUGUACCGGACCCGCACCCUGAAGGCUCUGAGCGCGGAGAAGAGAGCCAAGAAGGUGCGGUUCUACCGCAACGGAGACCGCUACUUCAACGGGAUCGUGUACGCCAUCUCCACGGACAGGUUCCGGACCUUUGACGCCCUGCUGGCCGACCUGACCCGCUCCCUGUCCGACAACGUGAACCUGCCGCAGGGCGUCCGCACCAUCUACGCCCUGGACGGCUCCAAGAAGAUCAGCAGCGUGGACCAGCUGGUCGAAGGCGAGAGCUACGUGUGCAGCUCCAUCGAGGCGUACAAAAAGCUGGAUUACACCAAGAACAUCAACCCCAACUGGUCGGUGAACAUCAAGGCCUCGGCGGCCUCCUCCCGCGGGCCUCCGUCCCUGGGCUCCAAGGCCGUGGCACCGGAGAGCCGCGAGGUCAAGGACUUCAUCCGGCCCAAGCUGGUGACGGUGGUUCGGAGCGGCGUGAAGCCCCGCAAAGCCGUGAGGAUCCUGCUGAACAAGAAGACGGCCCAUUCCUACGAGCAGGUCCUGACCGACAUCACCGACGCCAUCAAGCUGGACUCCGGAGUGGUGAAGAAGAUCUACACGCUGGAGGGGAAACUGGUGUCUUGUCUGCAGGACUUCUUUGGAGACGAGGACAUUUUCGUUGCGUGCGGACCCGAGAAGUUCCGCUACCAAGACGACUUGAUGCUGGAUGAGAGCGCGAAAACUUCUGGUGGACGAAUAUGUGAUGACGUGCACCCUAAUGGAGCGUGUGCGACUCGUGUGCUUGCAGAGUGUCGUACGGUGAAGUCGGUGGCCUACGGGAAGAUGUCGGGCUCCUUGAGCCGAGGAUCCCCGAGGACCGUCAUCCAGUCACUACGCAGCAAGUCCCCGGCAUCUGUGAAUGGGACGCCGGCCAGUCAGCUGUCCACCCCUCACUCGGCAAAGUCCCCCAGCCCGUCCCCGACCAGCCCGGGCAGCCUCAGCCGCCGCCAGGGCUCCCAGGGUUCUUCCACGUCUCUGUCUUCCCCUAAACUGUCCGCCGCCGUGGAGGACGGAGACGGACCUGUUCCCGAAGCCGAGGUUCUGGUGGACGAGGUUCCAGCCGUGCCGUCCUACAUAUCCGACCGCUACAAGGUGGGACGCACGCUGGGCGACGGCAACUUCGCGGUGGUCCGGGAAUGCGUGGAGCACUCCACGGGACGCGAGUACGCGCUGAAGAUCAUCAACAAGGGCAAAUGCAGAGGGAAGGAGCACAUGAUCCAGAACGAGGUGGCCAUCCUGCGCCGGGUCAAGCAUCCCAACAUCGUGCUGCUCAUCGAGGAGGUGGACACUUACAAUGAACUCUACCUGGUGAUGGAGCUGGUCAAGGGGGGCGACCUCUUCGACGCCAUCACCUCGGCCAACAGGUACACGGAGCGGGACGCCAGCGGCAUGCUCUACAACCUGGCCAGCGCCAUCAAGUACCUCCACAGCCUCAACAUCGUGCACCGAGACAUCAAGCCGGAGAACCUGCUGGUGUAUGAGCACUCGGAUGGAAGCAAAAGCCUGAAGCUGGGAGACUUUGGCUUGGCCACUGUGGUGGACGGACCUCUCUACACUGUCUGUGGGACGCCAACAUAUGUAGCACCUGAAAUCAUUGCAGAAACAGGGUACGGCCUUAAGGUGGACAUCUGGGCAGCCGGAGUCAUCACCUACAUCCUACUAUGUGGCUUUCCGCCAUUUCGAGGGAGCAGUGAGGAUCAAGAAGUGCUUUUCGACCAGAUCCUAAUGGGUCAGCUAGAAUUUCCUCUGCCGUACUGGGACAACGUGUCCGAGACGGCCAAGGAGCUGAUUCGCUCCAUGCUGGAGGUGGAGGUGGAUCAGAGGUACACUGCGCUGCAGGUGCUGGAGCAUCCGUGGGUCAUUGAUGAGGGACUGUGUGAGAACGAUCACCAGCUGUCUGUAGCAGGGAAGAUAAAGAAACACUUCAACACGAGUCCGAAGGUCGGCGACGGCACCGCCGGCGUGUCGGUCAUUUCUCUGGACGACAGCUUUUCUAUGCAGAGAUCCGGCUCGUUGGACUUCUACCAGCACCCGGCCAUGUACUGGAUCAGGCCACCCCUCUUGAUCAGGAGGGGCCGGUUCUCGGACGAGGAUGCCACCCGGAUGUGAAGGCGCCGCCUUUGCAGGUGAUGCUGACGGUCCCAACAGUGAAAUCAUCAAUGACAAAUCCAAUGCGCGCGGAGCCUCCCAGCCGCCUCCACGGCCCCUCCCUCCGUGACCCCUGACACUUGCUCUGACCGUCCCCCCAAAUCCCCCGCCUCCCGUCUGACUCUGAUGACGCCUCCGUCAGCUCCGCCGGCACCGUCUGCUCCCCUAACUCAUCCUUCUAGAAGAGGAGCAGGGGGAGAACGAGGAGGCCAAUGUGUGCAGGGACAGAAGAGAGGAGGGAAAACGUUGUCCUCGUCCGGCUCCUCCCUCUAAACGGAGGAGGAGGAAGAGGAGACGCGUUGGUCUGCCACUCUCUGGUCUGUGGCUGUGAGUGAACAGGGGGAAAGCAUGGAGAGAUCAGACAGUACUUUAAGCUCCUCUGGAUCCAUCUUUCCAAUCCAGGAGGAGCGAUCAAUAAAAGGGAGGAUAGAGGACAAAGCUGCUUAAAGCAGAGAGAGAGAGAAAGACUAAAGGGAAAACAAGCAACAUGGGGAUUACAAUGAAGAGGGAAAAUGUGGAAAAGCUGAAGGACCUUUUCUUUUUUUACUUUAACGUUCUCUCAUCUGAGCACAUGUCACAGAGCUCAAGGAGCAAGAAAGGGCGAACUUGUCGUUUGCCCUUCGGUGAUGAUCCGAGUUCAAGAUGCUAAGUUCCUUAUGGCGGAGCAGCGCUAUAAGGCCAUAUAUGAGAAUAUGGACCAGCGUUCAUGUUUUAUUGAACCUUAUUUAUCUCUUAUUUAUUCACACUUUUUUAAAAUGCAUUUCCUUUUUUUCAUACACGGUGUUUUUGCUCACGUGGUCCAAGAGCUUGGUGGAACAGAACACAAAGGAGGGGUGGACUGUGUAGAAGCAGGCGUCUGAAAAUGAGAGCUCCAUAUUCAGAGAGGUUUUACAAAAUGUCUUGAAAGCAGCGUUUGAAAAAAUAUAUAUAUAAAUGCUCUAAUCCUGUGCUCCACACAGUACUGGUGUUGCCUUCCUGUAAUGUUGGACUGCAGUAUUACAGUUUACAUUUUCCACAGACUGCUAUUAAGACAAAAAAAAACGGUGCAUUCCAUUGCUCCUCGUCAUUUUUUUAAUGCUUCACUGACGACAUCUUGAAACACACGGUUCAGCAGCAUUCGGGUGCUUGUGUAGCAAACUCCACAUUCAGACAACGUUUCCUCAACGCACACACACAUUUACACAGUCAUUCUUUAUUGAUAUCACAUUUAUCUGAUUUCAUGUCGCUUGCGUUCGCAUAUGGCGCCUUGUUUACAUCUUAUUUUCCACUACAACAACACUAUAUAACGUAUAGCAUAUUCAUUUUUACCCACAUAUUCCAGCAGUGAAGACGUGUGCACUUGUUUCACCACAGCUGUGCUACAGUACCUGUACGGGCUUGGAGGAACAUUUAUGGCGGUAGAUGUAGACAUUUAUUCAUUUGUGAUGGCUGCCCAUUGCACAGUCGCUGCAGUUAAGGUGCCGUCAAACAGGUCAGAGAGAAAGUUGCUUUGAACCAGCAGUACAAAAAAAACAUGGAUUUAUUUCAGCUCUGUACGACCUCAUUCAUGGCUUCAUUUAUUCAGAUGAACGCAUGACAGACAUACAGUAGCCUAUUCUUAUAAAAAAACGGUAGUGAAGUACUGUUUAUAUGUUUCUGUAAAUAACAUAAUUUUAUUUAUUUUGAUAGUUCACAAUACAGUAUAUUUCUUUAUAGUAGUAAGUCUAUCAGAACUGUAAAAAAACAACAAGCAGUUGUACAUGUUUAUGAAUUUAUUAGCAGAGAAAAAAAUAUCUAGAGGAGAUCAUCAGGUGGAAAUGUAACAAUCUGUGCUUCUGGGAAUGAUGUCACUUCCUGUGAAAGAAAUGAGCAAAAUGCAGUGUGGCUUUAGUUUUUGCCGAUGAUCUCCCCACAGCCGUCAAACUUGUCUGUGAGUUUCUGUACUUCUUCUCGUCAUCACACAUCUGCAGUGAUGUGCCGCCAUAUUGACUAGAUCAGUAUGAAUUUGUCGGGCACGUGUGGUUUACCAAAGUGCUCUCACAGCUGCACUACAGUAUUAAAAUCUGUUGCAAUACCGAUACCUGUACCUCUGUUCAACAAUGGUCUAAUCAGUAAUAAUACUAAUAAUUAAAAAUGUUUUAAAACGAA